AUGACUGAAAGUGACUGGCGGCGGUUGCACAGCCGUGUCAUUCCCAAUCGUGUUUCACUGCCGGAAUUCAAGAGCAUCGUUUCGGACGGUACCGUGCACGAUCACUAUCUCGCCAAAGAUCUUCACAAGAUCAUGCAGGAGCUUCGCGAUCUCUUGUACGAGCACGGCGAGCUGCGCGAGGCCUCCGUGCUUCCCUUGAACGGGAAGAAACAAGAGCUGUCACGCGCGGCGGCGACAGCGGUCCGGCUGAUAGACCGUAGCGGCGACGGCAUUCCAGCUCUGCGUCGGCCCUCCGAUAUCAGCUUGGGUGCAACAGGGGCACUGGGUGACCGCCAAGGCUCCACCUCCCCCACUCUCGGCAGCGCCAGUGACCCACGACUCUCUGAUGGUGGAAAGCGCAGCGCUGCGGAUGCGCUCUCACUCCAGCCGCCUCAAGCGACGGCUUCAACUCUGUCCAUCAGCCCUCGGCGGUCUUCGCGGGUGCUGCCACUCACUGACCACAUUCAAGAAGAGGGGCAGUCGAUUGCGUCUGCUCACUCUCUCAACACGGCGCCACAGCCUACGGUUUUACCGCCUUCGUCAACAAGGGCCUCAUCCGCCUCUUCGCCACCCUCGACGCGCGCGCGAGAGGAGGCUGCUCCUCGGGACGGCAGCACUUGUCCUACGCAUGCAAGCGCCAGCACAGCAUCAUCAGGGUUGUCAACGCGCUUUCGAACGUCGCGGACGGCGAACGCGCGCGUCUCUUCGACCGUCGCCCACAACGCAGCAACUUCGUACGCCGUAGUCGGUGCGCCAUCUACUUCAGCGUCCCCAGUAGCACCGCCGUCUCUGCUCACUGUACCGCUUUCGACGUCCUCGUCGAACGAGAUUGCGCAGCUGAACGAGUCAGCGCCGCCGUUCUUUCGAAUCCUGAGCGUGCCGCGUCGAUUUCAGCUCCGCUUUGGCUCGUCGAUGCUGCGGUUCGAGAUCCCGGUGCAGUACGUGGACGGCGUCAAUAGCCGUCAGCUCCGCAUCUACAUGAUUCCGCUGCGGCACCCCAACACGCCAGCGCGUUGGCCGACGGCAAAGGAGAUUGUGGUGUACGUGAACAAGCAGUGUGUCAUGACACCGUGGAAGCGCUCGUGGCCGGACCGUGAGCGGGAGGUGGCCGAGACAUAUCUGCCACUGGACAUCACGUACCUGCUGAGCCGCAACACCGAUGCUCAGCAUGUGCAGGUGGACAUUCACAACAAGGAGUACCAGACGCCGGCUAUUCUGGCAGUGGCGCAGCUACGCCCGCUGGAGGAGGUGACGGAGUGGAUGCUGUCCUCACGACUGGGGUGCCGGAAUGCGGUGCAGGCAAGGCAAAUGCUGCUCAGCAGCUCGUCCAGCGCCAAUGCGCUCGCGUCGACAUCGUCAAGUCUGCUGCUGUCGAACAAUGCGGCGAUUCAGCGCACCUACGCGGCAAUCAUGGCAGACGACGAGGACGACGACGGCCUCGAGGUGGACGAUCCCGUCAUCACCACAAAGUGCCCCAUUUCCCAGCUGCCUCUUUCCGUCCCGGUGCGCGGAAGCCGGUGCACCCAUCUGCAGUGCGUCGAUCUCAACGCGUUUCUUGUUAGCAGCAACAAAGCAUCCUACUGGAACUGUGCUCUCUGCGAUGCUGAAAUGAGACCGUGCGACGUGCGGGUGGACACAAUUCUGUGGAGCUACUUGUGCACCUUCUCGUCUGUGGACGCCUACCCGCUGUACCUGCGCUUGUCGGCACGCGCUUCGCCAAAAGAGGGGGAGACGAAGUACCACUGGCACCCCUCAACCCGAACCGGGGAAGACGCAGACGUUGUUUUGGAUGAUAGCGAGAGCGACGGCGAGAACGAGCGAACAAGGGACUCGCCGUCGGUUUCGGGACCUGCAGCGGCUUCUGUAAGUGCAAGCUCCAUGGAAGCCACUGCGCCGUGUAGUGAAGCGACUUCGGUGUCGGCCCCGAACGGGGCACGGCUCCCGGCACCCCCAGCCGUUUCUCACAGAGGCGAGGCUUGGGCAGAAGGUUUGGGGCAUUCGCGGAAGCGUGGCCGUGACAACGACACCCCGACCGAGGAGCCGCGCGGGACCGCUGACGAUCCAAUCGAGCUCUGA